AUGAUAGCAAAAAGAAGUAAUGAAUAUAGAUUUGAACAUGGUAAAUUAGAAGAUUUAAUUGAAAGACUAAAGAAAGAAGAAGAUAGUAUUGUCUGUAAAGGAAGUAGAGGUUUAUAUGAACAAACUAUUAAAAUGGUAAAAGAACGAAUGGGUAUUAGAGAAGAGGAAUUCAAAGACUUUAAAGAUGAAAUUCAUCAAAUUAUUAAAGAAAUUAAUUUAGCACAUGGAAAAUGUUAUAAUGGAAUUGUUGAUGGAAUUGAAGGAGAUCAACAAAAAUGUAAAGUUUGUGUUAAUUUAGCAGAAUUUAUUUUGAGACAAGCAAGAAAUGGAAAGUCUAAAAAGAAAAUUGCUCGAAUGGUUUUAGCUCGUUGUAAAGCCUCUGAUAAACCUCACACUUGUUACUCUGCUGCUAUGAGCUUAAUGGCUAAUUUUGAUAGUAAAGUUAUUGAAACUACCCCAUUACAAUUCUGUGUUCAUUCUAAUAAAUGUGUUGUGAGAGAUUGGUAA